AUGGCGCAGAGAAGAAUUCAGGAAGAUGAAAGGUAUGAGACAGAGGACCGUCCCAAGUGGGACAACAAGGUGCAGUACCUGCUUACCUGCGUCGGAUUUGCCGUGGGUCUGGGAAACGUGUGGAGGUUCCCGUACCUGUGCCAGAUCUACGGAGGAGGUGCAUUUCUGAUCCCUUACCUGAUUGCGCUGGUGUUCGAGGGAUUGCCCCUCCUCUAUCUGGAGUUGGCCAUUGGGCAGAGUCUCCGGCAGGGCAGUAUUGGGGUCUGGAACUCCAUCUCGCCUUACCUGGGUGGAGUUGGUGUAGCUUCCAUGGCUGUCUCCUUCCUGGUGGGGUUGUUCUACAACACCAUUCUAGCCUGGGUGCUGUGGUAUUUCUUCAACUCCUUCCAGGAUCCUCUGCCCUGGAGCCAGUGUCCACUUAAUGAAAAUCUGACCGACUACGUAGAGGAGUGUGUCCGGGGUACUGCAGCGAACUACUACUGGUAUCGUGUGACACUGAACAUCACCCCGGACAUCAGUAGCAGUGGCUCCUUACAGUGGUGGCUGGUGCUGAGCCUGGCCCUCGCCUGGAGCAUCGUCUAUAUCUGCUUCAUACGUGGCAUCGAGACAGUCGGCAAGGCUGUCUAUGUAACAGCUACAUUUCCAUACCUGGUGUUGACUAUCUUUCUGGUGAGGGCACUCACUCUUCCUGGAGCUAUUGAUGGACUGGAAUACCUUUUCACCCCAGACUGGGGUGUUCUGCUGAAUCCACAGGUGUGGCUGGAUGCUGCCACACAGAUCUUCUUCUCUCUGUCUCUGGCCUUUGGGGGCCUCAUUGCCUUCGCCAGCUACAACCCGAGAAAGAAUAACUGUGAGAGAGAUGCUUUGUUAGUCGGCUGUAUCAACAGUGCUACCUCCCUCUAUGCCUCCAUACCCAUAUUCGCCAUUCUGGGAUUCAAGGCCACAACCAACUUCAACAACUGUAUUACCAGCAAUGUCUUGAAACUGACCAAUGAGUUUGACAUUGCUGAGAAGAACAUCACAGCAGACAACUACGACAUGUGGCUGAAGACGUUGAACACAUCCCAUCCUGACAGAAUUAACUCUUUGGAGCUCAGAGAGUGCAACCUGAAGAGGUUUAUGGACCAGAGUGUGUCUGGAACGGGCCUGGCCUUCAUUGUCUUCACGGAGGCAGUGAUCGAGAUGCCGGCCUCGCAGGUGUGGGCCGUGCUCUUCUUCAUCAUGCUCUUCAGCCUCGGACUGUCAUCCAUGUUCGGCAACCUGGAGGGCGUCCUGACACCACUGUUCGACCUGCACAUGGUACCCUCAUGGGUGCCCAAAGAGCUCUUCACCGGAAUAAUAUGCAUGGUGUCAUUCCUGGUGGCUCUGAUCUUCACCAUGGGAUCUGGGAAUUACUGGCUGGAGAUCUUCAACAGUUAUGUGGGAUCCGUUCCUCUCCUCAUCAUCGCAUUCUUCGAAAUCACCAGUGUAGUAGUGUUCUAUGGCAUGAAACGAUUCAGCGAGGAUAUCGAGUUCAUGACGGGCCACCGGCCGGGUCUGUUCUGGCAUCUGUGCUGGAUGGGGGUCAGUCCCCUCAUGCUGCUGGUGGUGCUGGUGGCCUAUGUCGUCGUCCAGGUACAGGUCCAGCCUCAGUACCCCACCUGGAACCCCAGCUACACCCUGUUUCCUGAAGCGGAGGUGAAGCCGUACCCUGACUGGGUGUUUGCCAUCUGUGUGAUGCUCUCUGCAGUGCCCGUUGUGCCCAUCCCCCUGGUGGCACUCUACCACCUCAUCAGGCGUCUCACCCACCCAGAGCAGCACACGCGGGACGAGCCCCAUGUCUCCAACCCCUACGACAACAAGGCUUUCAGCUCUGAGCCCCAGUUGUGAGGAGGACACUAGGACUGUACGGGGCAGAGGACACCGUACUGCUACAUGUGGAAAAUUAGUUGCCUGCUCAGCAACCACACGGGACUGACAUUAUUUUUAUCAGG